AUGGAUAAAUUAUCAAGACCAUCUAACUCCGAUGAACAUCAACCCUUGAAGGUUAUUCCAGGUAGUUCCCGCUGCAAUAAUAGUAGAUUAUUGCCUCUCAAUUCUCCCAGAAAUAACGUUUCUGAGAGGAUAUUGACUUCAACUUUAACUGAAGGUACCUGCUCUGAUAGCAAUCCUGAAAGGAUUCCAAGAAGCUCUGUUGGAGAGAGUACCCCGCAAGGAAUUUCAACCCCUGGGCGUCGUCAACCUCUUCCAGAAUUAAAUGAAAAAAUCCUCCAGGUUCUCUAUGAAGUUCGAGAACAGAACUCGCAAAUAUUGAAUGUUCUUCAGAAAAAAAACAGUUUUUUAUAUACAAUAUUCAUGUGA